GAUAUUCCCCAGUCUCUCUCGUGUCUUCACCCCCAGGCCACAGGGACUCUCCCGUCUGUCCCAGCAGCUCUCCAACCACACCCAGAUUUCAGCGGGAGUCAGUUCCAGGCACUCAGGAAUCACCACCAAACUCACCAAUUUCACUGAGUUACUACUCCCCAGUCUCUCUCAUGUCUUCACCCCCAGGCCACAGGGACUCUCCCGUCUGUCCCAGCUACUCUCCAACCAUACCCAGAUUUCAGCAGGAGUCAGCCUCCUACCCCCAGGAAACACCUACAGACUCACAGACCUCACUGAGAUCCUCCCCGGCCUCUCUCAGGUCCCACCGGGACUCUUCUAUCAGUUUCAGCUACUCUCAAACCAUCCCUAGAUUCCAGCUGGAGUCCGUUCCAGGCACCCAGGACACACCACCAAACUCACCAAUUUCACUGAGUUCCUCCCCAGUCUCUCUCAUGUUUUCAGCCCCAGGCCUCAGGGACUCUCCUGUGUCUCUCAGCUACUCCCCAACUGUCUCCAGAUUUCAGCUGGGGUCAGCUUCCCACACCCAGGAAUCACCUACAAACUCACAGUCCUUACUGCAACCCUCCCCCAUUUCUUUCACCUCUUCACCCCCAGGCUUCAGGGACUCUCCUGUGUCUCCCAGCUUCUCUCCCGCCUUCCCCAGAUUUCUGCAGCAGUCAGCCCCAGGCACCCAGGAGAACCCGAGAAACUCACAGGCCUCACGAGAUUAUUUCCCUAUGACCUGUGUCUAUACAGGGAUGGCUCCCACGUAUCCCUCAGUGACCCCCAACCCAUCUCCAUUUACACUCAGACACUCCCAGGGCCUGACAGCUACUCCCCGUUAUUGUCCUUCAGUUCGAAGCCCUGGCCAAUCUGCUAGCCAACAUGACGCAGUUUCCUGGCCAUUUCUCCACAUUUCUGGUGAGGGCCCCACACCCAGCCGCAGAAGAGCCCCUCCUGCAUUCCGUCCUCACACACAGGCCUGUCCAUCUACUUGCUACUGUCACACUCUUGCCAGCAGAAGAGGCUCCUCUAACGGCCGAUAUCACCACCCAGGCUAUCAUCGCCCCACAGCUGUGCAGCGGGACCCUCCUGCUUGCCGACGUGGCUGCCAGCGCCCAUACUGACACCAACCUCUAGCAUGUCAGCGUGCCUGCGGGAGACAAUACCGCUAAUACCGCUGACAUGGCUAGCAUGACCAUCCUACAUGGCAGUGACACU